AUGCUGAUUCUGUUCCAUGCCGUGAUCGCCCCGUUGCUUUGCAUCGUUCGUGGUGUCCAGGAGGGCUCUCUCGUCAACAUUACGGAGGUCACAGAUGCGGACCUCUUCUCCCCACGGGUCUCCCUUUCCUCCCAGGAGCCCUGGGCCUCCCCCUUGGCCGAAGACUCCAAUCAUCAAGAGUGGUUGAUGUGUGACAGCGUCAGUACGUGGGUGACGGACAAGCGAACGGCGGUGGACAUUGACGGCAGAAACGUGACCGUGCUUUCUGCAGUCCCGACUCCGAAAGGCACGCUCAAGCAGUAUUUCUACGAGACCAAGUGUAAUCCUGCAGGGGCCACCGAAGGAGGUUGCCGGGGGGUGGACCAGCGCUACUGGGUCUCUGAGUGCCAGACGAAACAGUCAUAUGUCCGGGCCCUCACUCUGGAUUCUCACGAGGGUGUGGGCUGGCGCUGGAUCCACAUCGACACCUCUUGUGUCUGCUCCCUGUCUGUCCGCACUGGCCAGAAGUAG